AUGAAAACAUUCUUGCUUGUUUCGGAUAUUCAUUCACGAUUUGAUAUCAUCGAAAAACUUCAUAAAUGGCUUAUUGAUCAUAAUCGAAUUACUGAUAUUGAUUAUGUUAUUGCCUCCGGAGAUCUAGUCAACACUGAUUACGUGACACCGGAUACUAAACCUACGGAAAAGGACGAGCAAGAAUAUCGUGAUGUAAUCUCUGCUCUGGCCAAAUAUGAGAAACGAUUUUAUUAUAUUCCUGGAAAUCAUGAUCCGACCAGAGCUUUUAAUCAAUCGGGUGAAUCAUUGAGAGGACAGAAUUUUCAUCAAAAAAUAAUUGAAUUAGGAGAGGGACUAAGUAUGAUUGGUUUUGGUGGUUCUGUUGACGGUGUUUAUAAACAUUCACCGGAUCAAUUGCAUGAAUUACUAGCAUAUCCAAGCAACACGGAACAAUCUGCCGCCGAAAAUCUACCAGUUUUGCUAUCUAAAGUACCAUUUGAUAAUGAUGUUUUGUUAGUAACUCAUUUCGGACCAAGUGUAACUGCAACUGCGGAUGUAAAUAACCCCGCUCUUCGUUCAUUGCUUACUUCUCUUACGCCAUCCAGCGAUGACCUGCAAUCAAAAAACAAAGUGAUAACUGUUAAUAUUCAUGGUCACUCCCAUUAUCCUUUUGGUCUGACACACAUCGGCCGAACAAUGAUCAUUAAUCCUGGCCCAUUAUGUGACGGUAGAUUUGCGAUUUUGAAAAUGGAACGAAUGCCAAGAGAAGAAUUAUUAAAGAGAGAUACUGAAAGAAAUUCAUUUUUUAAGCAUCUAAAUAAAGAAAAAGUCUGGAGCAAUAUUCUUGUCCACAACCAUGUAAUAAAAAUUGCGGAACUUGGAUUAUCUAAAAGAGUAGAACCUGAUGGUAUGAACUCGAUGUUUGUUGUCUACGGACAUCCGCUAUACAUCGAACCACUUGGUCGACCGCCAAUGACAGAUAGCAAUCCAUCAGCAAUAACAUAUAAUAUUUGGCUUUUGGAGUUUAAUUCUAGUUCGUUUGGAACUGGAUUUAAUGAUCAGAAAUUGGGAUACUUGGGUUACCUUUAUGAACGCGACUAUGAAAUAAUGGAUAUCAAUAAAGUUCUCUUUGAACCAAUAAAUAAAGAACUAGCAUUCGAGUAUUGUAAAAAGUCCGCGGAGAAUGGGAAUUUAGCUGCCCGACAUUUACUCGGUGAUUAUUAUCAGAGAGGAACUGGAAGCAAAGAAGCAUUACCAACAAGCGGCAAAUCAUGGUUUUAA